UGCGCUUACCUUCCCUUUCUCUCUCAUUGCCUUUUCUCCCAGCGAAAAUCUUACCUAGAUGCUCUUACAGCUAUCUUUGUCCUAGUGUCAACCUUUAUUAGCCCUCAGUGUGAGCUUGGUUGUUUUGUUUUGUUGUGCUGUUUUCCCCGGGCUAGUGAGUGUAUUUAGUAAGUCGCGUUUUCACAAUUGCUCCUUGUGGGCGCGAUCGUUUUUAAAUUAUUAUCAAUUAUGAACCUGUAAAAGGAGUUAAGUAGUGGGUGUGUAUGUGGCAAACUAAAAUUACUUACGUGGGAAUGUUUGCGCUAGUUUGAUUCACUGGUUCAGUUCAGUAGUCACUAUGGGAAUGUAGGAGCCAAAGCGUUACCUGCUGGCAGCUGAAAAGUGAGUAUUGGCAAGUUUGAGCCUUCAUCUGGCCACCAGUGUCAUCUCAAAAAUCAGUCAUGUGGCAGAGUUCAGUUUUAAAAUUCACUGGGCCAGCGUUCAAAUUUACAGCUUUACUCUUUCUUGCGAAACUGAUUUGGGCGAAGGGGUUUUGUGCCUGAGUGUAUGGCUGUAAGAGCUAUGUGACACUAAGUCUUGUGUGCAGUAGUUCAGAAUUCACUGAACUGCAAGGGCUGAAUUAUUCAGGGAGAGGGAAGAAUUUUGUUGGUUUCUUUGUAAGGUUUGGGGUUUUGGGGAGUUAGAGGCAUUGUGGUUUGGGAAGCUCUAUAUUUUUUCUAUUUUAUAUAAGUAUUUACCAGUAUCUUUGAAAGAACAGAUCAUACAUUCCCUGCUACAAAUUUGCUUUUGUUUAGAUAAAGAAGUAACACUCAGAAAGACUGAAUUCCUCUCUGCACUUGGAAAUUUGUUCUUGCUUUUUCCAAAGUGCAAGAUCACAAGUCAGUUGGAUCAACUUAGUAGAAAAGGUGUUUCCACCUUGAAUUGUUGGAAGAGGUUUGUCUCACUGAGAGUAUCUGCAUGGCCUUAUUGCAUACAGCACCUGGAAGAUUCCACUCCUGAAAAUUGGAGUGUGACAAGUUAGCAGAGGAAGGGAGUUGCUGUUUCCAUUCCAUGGAUCCCUUGGGUGCUCCUUCCCAGUUUGUGGAUGUUGAUAGUCUGCCAGGCUGGAGUGAUGCCUAUGAGGCCAAGCAGCUGGAUUGUCACCAAAGUCCUGUUGAAAAAGCUCAAGUUCAUGUUAGAUCACCUUUUCCAUACAGGAAAGACAUCAAUGAAAAAAUAAUCUUGUGGAAAGGAGAUGUGGCAUUACUGAACUGCACGGCCAUCGUGAACACCAGCAAUGAGACUCUCACGGAUAAGAAUCCAGUAUCUGAAAGUAUAUUCAUGCAUGCUGGGCCUGACCUGAAGGAUGAGCUCCAGAAGCUCAAAGGCUGCAGGACAGGCGAGGCCAAGCUGACGAAAGGAUUUAACCUGGCUGCGCGUUUCAUCAUUCACACGGUGGGGCCCAAGUACAAGAGCCGGUACCGCACGGCAGCCGAGAGCUCCCUGUACAGCUGCUACCGCAACGUCCUGCAGCUCGCCAAGGAACAGGCAAUGUGCUCUGUAGGAUUUUGUGUCAUUAACACUCUGAAAAGAUGCUACCCCUUGGAGGAUGCAACCCACAUAGCACUGCGCACAGUUAGGAGGUUUCUGGAGGUUCAUGGAGAGACUCUGGAGAAAGUGGUGUUUGCUGUCUCUGAGCUUGAAGAGGCCACUUACCAGAAGUUGCUGCCUCUGUACUUUCCGAGGUCGUUGGAAGAAGAGGCCCAAUCCCUGCCUUACCUCCCUGCAGAUAUUGGCAAUGCAGAAGGGGAGCCGGUGGUACCGGAGCGGCAGAUCAGGAUUACUGAAAAGCCAGGCAUUCCAGAUGAUGCUUCAGAUGAAGAAGGUCUGGAGGCAGAUUUGGCUUUCAUUGGGUCCCAUGCUUUUGCCCGCAUGGAGGGAGAUGUUGAUAAACAGCGGCGCCUCAUCCUUCAGGGACAGUUGUCAGAGGCAGCACUGCAGAAACAACACCAGAGGAAUUAUAAUCGCUGGCUGUGUCAGGCAAGAGCUGAAGACCUCUCUGACAUUGCUUCUCUUAAAGCUUUAUACCAGACAGGUGUAGAUAACUGUGGCCGCACUGUGAUGGUGGUAGUUGGAAGGAAUAUCCCAGUAACCUUGAUAGACAUGGAAAAGGCUCUCCUGUAUUUCAUCCAUGUCAUGGAUCAUAUUGCAGUGAAGGAAUAUGUCCUGGUGUACUUCCAUACACUCACAAAUGAUUACAAUCAACUAGACUCUAACUUCCUGAAGAAACUCUAUGAUGUUGUUGAUGCCAAGUACAAGAGGAACUUGAAGGCAUUGUAUUUUGUCCACCCAACAUUUCGUUCAAAGGUCUCAGCAUGGUUUUUCACAACCUUUACAGUCUCAGGGCUAAAGGACAAAAUCCACUAUGUGGAAAGCCUUCAGCAAUUGUUCACAGCCAUACCCCCAGAACAGAUUGAUCUUCCCCCUUUUGUCCUCGAGUACGACGCCAGGGAAAAUGGGCCUUACUAUUCUUCUUAUCCUCCAUCCCCUGACUUGUGAUCUGCAGUCCUGUGAUGCUGCCAGUUUCCCAUGGAUCCAAUGACCUGAUGCCUGCCAAAACCUGUGCAUUUACCCAUGUACAGAAUUCAGAGAGAGGGUUUUCCUCCCCCAGCUCUGGUAUUUUUUUACUGAUGAGAUAUUUUCAAGCACUCAAGCAAUCAGAGAACUUUAUGCCACUGUGAACUGUACAACUAUUUCAAAUAUAUUUAUCCAAUGGAAAAGCUGAUUUAAAGAUCACUAGCUGCAUUUGUUUGUUUGUUUUGUUGUUAUUGCUGCUGUUAUUGUUGUUUUUUGAAGCUGUUACAUUAUUCUUCUGAAGAGACUUUAUCUUUUCUGGGAAAUCCAUCAGAAGCACUUGAUCAUAUUUUUAGCUAUUACUAUUUUCCAGCUCUGUUUGUAAUUCCCAUUUCUGACUGGUCUGUACAAGUAUUGUGUAGUACCAGCCUGACACAUCACUCAUCAUGUGGUCUGUGUUUCACAUCUGAUUACUUUCCCUUGCUGUUAGUACUGAUUACUUUAGUCUUGACCCAGCAAAACUAUCUGGAAUUGGGAAUGCCAUGUCUGCAGGCUGACAGAGCACUACAGCCAAGCCAACAUUACUCCAGGAUUUAGUCCCAUAAACUGCUAGAAGCCUUGAAAAAGUCCCUGUCAGUUUUCAUUGGAUGAUGUGAAGGACCAUGUCAGGAUGCCACUACUGUCCCAGUAAGAAUAAAACUGAAAAGCA